AUGGGGCCCCCGGGCAAUAGGGGAUCAUGGGGCCCCUGUGUCCUUGCCCAAACUCAAAAAAGCCUAUGAAAAAGAUGACUAAUAUGGCAAUAGAUAAUAGCAAAUUACAUCCUGAAAAAAAAUCAAAACUCCAUCUUGUGGCUGCAAUUACACACUGCCUGGCAGGGGCGGACUGACAACUCAUGGGGCCCCCCGGGCAAUUGGGGAUCAUGGGGCCCCUGUGUCCUUGCCCACACUCAAAACACACCCAAAAAAAGACUAUAAAAGGUACCAGGGGCAUUUUAUGGGGCCCCCUACUGACCCCAGGCCCUCGGGCAGUGCCCGUGUGCUCAAAUGGUCAGUCCACCCCU